AAUGGUUCCGCCCGAGUGCGGAUAUCGCAGCGCUCUGCAGCGGAGCAGCACAGAAGGCUCUUUUUGCGCACGUGUGAGGAGUGUGUGUGGGGCCCCGUUGGCACUCACGCGCUGAGUCACACGAUGGCAGACCGGGAGUGCGUGUAGCUCGUGGGAAGGCUGAAGAUGGCCUGACGGCGGAUGGUUCGAGAAGCGGCCCAUUUGAACUGAAGCAAGGAUGCGCCGCCCUGCUCCACCACCAGGUCCUGGGGAGGAGAUCUGAGUAGCGCUCUGGGAGAACGUGUUGCCGAUGGGCCCUCGGACACCAGCCCGGUCUGCCACGGCACCAGCGAACAUGGCUCCCGCGGACUCUCACCUCGGCUGGAACGCGGCGGGCCUGACGCGCACGUUGCCAUGGUGAUCAUUCACACGAAAACACUGGAAAAAAAGAAGGGUGUCGAUGAUGUAACGCCACGGGAAUCGCGCUUGAAGCCGCGUGGCCCACUGACCAUGAGCCAAGGAACAGCCCUCUUCUCCCGUGGAGGUCUGGCCGCCCUGACGCCCUCCCUGCCUGUUACGGAGGUGGGGGUGUGGUCGGAUGUGGGCCGGCGCUGUGCCAUCCAGCAGGGUCCCGUGGGUUCCAGCCUCGAGAGCCUGUGGGACGCGCUCCCUGACGCUGGCACGGCGGGGGCUCUCACGAGCCUGAUCCGAGACCUGAGCCUGGGGGAGGGCGCGGCCAGCCUGCAACCCCCCAGCAAGAGACAGUGCCGCUCGUUGUCCUGCUCGGACGAGCCUGGCGGCGGGCGGGUGACGUGGCGCCCUCAGGGUUCGCGGGUAUGGAUGACGGUGGAGAAGCGGCGCUGCCACAGCGGGGGGAGCGCGCAGCGCUGCUCGGGGGGGCCGCCGCCGGGGGGUUCCCCCGCCAUGCAACGCAGCUCCAGCUUCAGCCUGCCGGCCCGUUCCAACGGCCCUCCCCUGGGCUCGGAACCGGCCUACUUCAGCUUCGCCGGCCUGUUUCCGUCGCCCUGCUCCGUACCGCCGUGUCCCCUCUGCCUCUCUCAGGAACACAUCUGCCCCCCUCAGGGGACACGGGGGGCCUCCUCCGCAAGCUCCCCGGACUCCACGCCCGAGAUGGGGCGACGGGUGGGUCCCGGGGGGCUUUCGCGGAGCCGUUCGCAGCCCUGCGUCCUGAACGAUCGCAAGAUCGGCAUGAAGCGCAGGAGGCCGGAAGACAUCCAGGAGCCACGGCCGUCUCUGGACCUGGCCAAGAUGACCCAGAAGCUUCACAGUUUCCACAGCCUCAGCUGCCCCGGCUUCACGGAAGUUGACCAUCACCUAUCGGGCCCCAGUCCCUCCUGUUGCAAAGGCACUGAACUCACAAGUACCUUCGCUGCCGCCGCCGCCACCCCCCCGUUUGCCUUGGGCACAGAGCCCCAGCGCAGCAACCAAGACGAUUCAUCCAGCGAGGAUGUGGACAGCGACUCGACAGGCAGCGAGGAGCUCAGGGUGGGCGUGACCCCCUGGUGGGAUGCUUGCGGCUCGGGGAUCGGGGCCGAUGUCAACCAGCUGGGAGGAGAGUUGGACAUUGAACAAAUUGAGAGGAACUGAGCCGCCGCAGCCCACGUGGGAACAGGGAGGAUGAAGGGAAAUCAAGAGUUGGGCAAAGGUGGAGAUGAUGUGCCUCACGUUGAAGCAAGGGCAAAGUACGUGGAAUUACGGACAGCGGGCAGGUGUUUCCUGCAGGUAGCUUGGACAGGCACAGUGCCUAUAUAUUUUUCAAAGUUUAGUCUUUUUGUUUUUCUGGGAUGCAGUACAAGAGGGAGAAGUAAAAAGGGUACCCGUUCCACGGUCCAGCAGGGAACAGAGUGACCUCCGUGUCGCUGUGGGGGAGCUGGGACCGGCCGACCUUUGUACUGCGGUUUCGCAGUAGGCCGAGAAGGAGACGCGGAGUCCCAGCGAUCGCUCCAGCAGCCCGGCUCUCGGGGGGGGGGGGGAAAGCGAAAGGUGGAUGUGUGCAGAACUCUGUUACGAACGGGAGUUUGGGGAACUUUGCAUUCUCCAGCGAGGAGGGUGGUGCGUCAGGAGCUGGAGGCGGUACCUUGAGCACAGGGAAGACAUUCUCUCUCCAGGUGGACAGUUCAUGUUAAGAGACUUUCCUUUUACAGUUUUGACUACAAAAUGUAAAGAGUACAGAUAUUUCUAUAUAAACACACUGAACUGUAAAUCUUGUCGUCCGUACAAUUAUUACUGUCCGUUACUUUGCUUUUGUAAAAUUGGUCUGCUGUUUCAUCAAAUUCACAUACGCAGUUCAACAGCACAAAGCUAAGUCCAGCUGCUUAAGCAGGACAUUGUGGAGAAAUGUCACACUGACUAGUUAUCCAUUAGCAGUCACUUUCAGAACGUUAAAGGCCGAUCACUACUGAGAUGAGGAACGGCGAGGUGGAACUGCGGUAAGGUGAGACAGGGUUUCAUCUGUUGUUCUGCAUUGAGCUGUGGAUGAAAAGGGGCUGUGUUCUGCGGGUGGGGUACUUGUGCCAAAAUGGGUCUUUCAGAAGGAUCGGCAUGGUCCAGAUACUUGUCUACAGGGAACCUCAGUCCAAAGGGCAACAAGGAAUCCUUGGGGGGGGGAUAGGCAGGCAGGCAGGCUACACUAAUCUGGAGGUCUAUAAAUAUUUUGCACAUCUUGGGUUGCUUGACCCUCAGGAAGGCACUUGCUGCCCCCCUGACAAAUACCACCUUCCCCUCUGGUAUCCUCCUUCAAAUCAUUUCAUCGUAAGGGCAACACAAAUUAUCACGAUUUUUAACUCCGGCAACUGUCCCGUCUCCAUAAGGGACGCUGGUCUUUGAUCUUCUUUCAUUUGUCAUUGAUCUUCAAUCCCAGCUCCAAGGUGUGUGGGUACGAGCCCCAGGCCGGUCCUUUUGCUUCCCCUCAGCUCCCACUGCUGAGCCUCUUUCCUGCAGGACCUUCAUGCAGCUGCUUUUCAGUUGAAGAAAUGUCCCUCAAGCUCUUGCUCUGAAAUAGUUUGAGCCCAGGCUGUUCCCAGGGAAACCAACCACGCUGCACACUCAUAGAGAGAGUCCUGGGGGGGCAGGGGCUGCAACCACUGCUAAUGAAGCUACAGUAUCCAGCUGUGUUCCCAAAAAAGGAGAAAAAAAAAAAAAAAACCCUGAAAGGACACACUACACCAUAGCUGCAAUCCUAGAGGGAUCAAGGUGGACCACCUGGUCCUCACCAUUCUUCAUCAGGAAGGAACACGGACUGUUAACCUUGGGCACGUGUUGUUCGUGAGGGUUAAACAUGGAAAGAAGUAACUCCAUCCUGUACAUCUUAGCCUUUAGAGAUCCCUGGAGAUCAUCUCAUCACGCUCAUCUCUACCCGAGGAUGAUGUCACGCAGCCUCAGCCUUGCAUCUGGUAAGGAGAUCUCUCUCGGGGCUCCCGCUGUGUAACAUGCGGUUUAUCAGCGCAGGUUCUCUACCUUUCAGGCGUCCCUGGAGCGCAAGUCUAGCUUUCACUGCAGGGAUGGCACUUCCAUUUGAAGAAAGGAACCAAAAGUAUUCAUCCCAGAAGCGCUGAGGUGAUCAACAGACUUUGCUCCGGCGCAAGAAGCAGGGCUGAGAGGCAGGCAUGGAGGCUGGGAUUGGGCGAGUGGGUUCCCAGCAGCUGUUGAAAUGCUUAAUGGUGCGCUCCCACGCUUUGGAAGAGCAACAGCGCCUGGAGCAGUAGCUAGAACCAUAGGCAGAAGACCGAAAGGAAACGGGAUGAAGAGGGAAGCCAAACUCUGAGCGGAUGACACAGAGGCCUGCUCUUGGACUGUGAACCCAAUUAUGAAGGCAUGGCUCCAUUAGGGUUCCUUGUUUCUUGAUCGCCUGACCAGCUGACUUUGAUCCCCGGCAGGAAGGCAGGUCCUUCAGGUACCGGAGAGGGAGGUGGAGAGAAGAGCUGCUGGGUAGUUAGAAGCUACAGGAUGCCAAAAAGGGUGGGUGCCAAAACUACCAAGAAGGCCUGAACUGUACCCAACAGUUCCUACCUGUCUCUCAAAUUCUUUAAUAAAUCCCCAUGACAUUGGUCUACGGGAACAGUCCAGCCAAGAGACCAGAAUCACUCUCCCAAAGCCUCCAGUGGGUCUAGACCUGCUGUGAUGAACUCAUCUGGGAACUUUGCAUAGUAGAUGAGCUUGAAACAGAACGUACAAAAGCUUAAUAUAGCACACGGGUUUUUACCAUGAUCCAGUAAUAUGCUAGUACAGAACUCACCAUAGAGGAAGUUUAUUUAAAAAAGAAAGAAAGCAAAACUGCAUUUUAGUGGAAGUGAUGGCCAGAGAUUUUGUGAGAACCCAGAGUUUAGAAAGCAGUAUUUUAGAACUAGACUCCCUAUUUUAGCUUUUGACCAAGCCCGAGGACGAUCGCCUCCGUAGAACACCACGAUCCCUCAGUCGGCCCGGACUUCGGACCCGUUCACACUCAAUUUCCUUCGCUCCAGCAAUUCCGCAGUGCACCAGAGCAUCCCCACUGAGCUGUUAACGUGACACACUCAGCUCUGUGCUUUCCACCAUGCCCGGAGAAACGGUGAACUGGAAAGGGGGAGGAAGAAAGAAAGAGAAAAAAAAAAAAAA